AUGGCCAUCACUAUGACUGUUCAACGUGACAUUCCUCAGGAGGCUAUUGCCACUUCUUUGCUUCAACGCGCUGCAAAGCUUGAGCGGAAAGCAAGUGUGGUUAACAACCAAAUCUGCUCCCUACGCAAUGUCAUUCAAGCAGAGCUGCUGACAGCAUACAGUGAUCUCCAUGGCCCACACAAUGCAACAGAUGCGAUUCCAUUUGGUGAAUCUCCCAUUCUGCCGACCAUCAGGCUUGAUGCUGGUGAGAUCGUGCGCGCAUGGGACAUCUAUGACAACACUUAUUUGCAGCCGCAGUUCUGCCUGAAUUGUGAUUUUGAUGACCACCCAUGGCUCUCAGUUUGGUGGGCUUGCCAACAGCCUGUCACCCAUCUGCGCAUUUAUCAUGAUGGCUCGCAUUGUGAUCAAGGAGCUGGUGCUGCAGCGAUUGCCUUUUUGUAUCAGCUUGGUCGUGGCUGGACUUUUGGAGGUGCACUUGCGAUCGCCCUACCCCUUCAUAUUGAUUCCUAUGGAGCUGAAGUGCGUGGUGCGCUGUUGGCACUUCAAUAUGGCAUCGAUAUCCUCAAGAUCAUUGCUCUUGUUCAGGCAGCUCCUCCUGAAUUUUCCAUGAUGCACGACAACAUCACAGUAGGCAACCAAGCCUUAGGCCGAUGGGAUGCCAAAGCUGAUGCAAGCCUUGCAGCGCUUGUCCGACAUUUGACAGUCUAUGCAGAACAUCGAUUUGCAAUCCGAAUUCUUGCACAUCAUGUUGCUGCCCACACUGGUGAAGUUGGCAAUGAGAUUGCCGACAACCUGGCUGGACGAGUUUGUAUCUUCGCGCUCCAAGAGACACGCCUGCGCAGAAUGAGUCCACAAUUCGAGGAUUACCUCAUCUAUAAGGGUGAUGCAACACCCCAAGGGCAUCAUGGUGUUUUGGCAGCUAUCAGCACGACCAUUCCGUAUGGUCACUAUGUCAACAGCCAGGGACGCCAAUGCAAGCUUUAUUUCACCAAGCACGACAUCUCUGUCAUCUGCACUGGCGCCAGAUACGUACUGCUCCGCAUUUACACCCCUUGGCUGAGAUGUGUCCUCAUUGCAGCACAUGCGCCCCAUUCAGGCAACACUGUGGAGGUUUUGGACCAAUGGUGGACGUCCCUUGCCUCGCUGGUUCCAUCCAGACUGGCGGACUGGCCUGUCUUGCUCCUCGUGGAUGCAAAUGCUCGGGUGGGCGCUGAUAGUUGCAAUUUGAUUGGUGAUCUGGGAGCUGAGAAGGGAGAUGAGAAAGCUCUACCCUUCACCUCUUUUGUGCGCUCGCAUGGAAUUUGGUUGCCCAGUACCUUCAAUUGUCAUCAAGGACCAUCAGGUACUUGGCGGCACCCCAAUGGCAAUUGGCUGCGAAGUGAUUUCGUCGGAACAUCGGACCUGGAAUUGACGUGCAUUCUCAUGCUCUUCUACUACAACAACAAUGACAAGUUGCAGCAUGCUUGCCACGCCAACGAGCACGGGGUCCAGUUCAGAGGAAGACAUCAAUGUCUGCUGGUACCUGGGAACUUGUUCUUCAGAAACGCCAAUGGAGGCAGGCUUUAUGGGAAGCCAAUGCGAUUCAAAAAGAGAGCCAGUUGCAUGCCGUGUUCUCCCAAUGGCGCCAGAUCGCCCUUGACAUGCCUGAACAUGAUCUCAUUGCUUCUGCGAGUGCCUUUCAUGCUAUUGGGUGAGCAAGAUCGUGUUAUUGCUAGGGCCCUUUUUGAGUUCCGUAAUUUUGGUCGACGUGUGACCCAAGCAGCUCGACAUGAUGAUGUCAGAUUCUUUCAAGACAUUUUGAGUGACGGUGCAGCCUUUUUGGACCCAGCCGCUUCUCGUCAAUUAUGGAAGACCAUUAAGAAGGCUCUGCCCAAGUACCAGCAACGUCGUCUUGGAGUUGAUCCUUUACGUCUUUUACGACUUGAAGAUGAUUGGAACCCACAUUUUGAGACCCUUGAAGCUGGCUGUGCCAUUACCCCUGAGACCCUCCUUCAUGAGGCUCAAUGCAGACAUGUUGAAGCACGCAGUCCACAACCACCAACUUUUGCUGACCUGCCACAGCUCUUUGACUUUGAGCGAGUUCUGAGGGCCAACAGAAUUGGACGCGCCACAGGAUAUGAUCCUUUUCCCUCUGCGCUGUUUCAUUGGCAUGCGGCAGAUUUAGCUGAACACGCUUUUCUGCUCCUGCUCAAGAUGUGGAUGUUGGGUGAGGAGCCUAUACAGUUCAAAGGGGGCCCUAUGGCCCUCAUCCUUAAGUGCCCACAGCCGACAGAAGUGCAACAUUUCCGUGGCAUCUUGCUCUUACCAACGUUGGCCAAAGAUUUUCAUGCAUUGAUGAGGAAAGAAGUUAUUAGCCUGCUUUUCCAUCAGGGGCUGCCUGGCCAGCUGGGCGGAUUCGCACAACAAGAAAUCCUUUUCGGUUCUCAGACUUUACGAGUUUUGGGCUGUGCAGCGAAAUGCACGAACUUGAACAUGGGUGCUCUUCGUUAUGAGCUUCUGCCCGCAUUGAUUGACUUGUUGGAUUUCGUGCGGAUUGCAUUUGCAGAACGAGGCUUCAAGGUUAAAUGGCGCCGUCGAGUGCGACGUGCGGCGCAACGACAUAUUUUCCAGGAAGCAAUGAUCUUGGAAGUGCAGCAGUGGCACGCAGAGAUUUUUGAUGUUUUGCGGAAAACUCAUUGUACCUUUGCACCUGAUUUUUGUGCUGCUGGAAGACAUCUGAGUGAAGCAGACCGCCUUCAAGAUCGCUGGAUUGACGUCAUUGGACGGCUCCCAUUGGAGUUUGAAUCGUGGGCGUUGCGUACUUUCAUCCUGUGGGGGCGCCAUAUCCUGCCGGACCUCAUCGCUGGCCUUUUGGAUGGCGAAAUGGAGCGUCACUUUGACAAUGAGUAUGCCGAGUUUGUGUUCCAGUUCGACGAGUACCAGAUUGGGGAGCGUAUCACACGGCUGGCCCAUCAAAUCCGGCUAUUGGAUGCUCCUGCUCCGCUACCAGAGGCUCAUCGACCUGUACGACCUCCACAGAGCAAUGCGCAGCCGAGAUCUGUGCCCAUGCAUUCAGUGCCUCGACUUUUCGAGGAGCAAGAAGAUUGGCAGACAGACCUUCUUCGAGUGCAAUGGCAAGACAUGCCUCCGGACCCCAAGCCGCUCCGCACAGCUAUGCAGCUCUUUGGCAUUGACCACCGCACGUUCCGCGAGAUGUUGCAAACGAAGACAGGCAUUCAUGAUGAGGGUCAAUUCAGAACAGCUUGCCACAAGGAGUAUCCACAGAGACUCUCAGCUGGCAUUGCGUGUGCUGCAGCCAAUCAGUUGCAAAGGAACAUUCGGGCUCGAGCGGUAAAUCUUACCGAUAGCCCUGCACCACCCCUCGUACAGUGGAUCGGCGAGAUUGCGCGUGACAGUGCCGCAAUCAGGUAUGGAAAGCUGCUCACGUGGAGUCCCCAAAACUUUGGAUGGGCUGGUUGUGUGGGCAUCUACUUGUCCGACUUUGCAGCGCCCCAGACAGUGAUCUCUGAUGUGGUGUCUCGCUGGGAUCGGUGCGCCUGUCGUGAACGUCUCACUCCAGAACCAGCAUCUCGCAAGUUGAGAACAGAUGAUGACAAAGAAGUUGAGAAACAAGAAGAGGACAAGCCUGACCAUCCUAUGCAUGCUGAUCCAAUGACGAGGCUUGUUCUUGAAGAACUACAGUCUGAGAUGGCCGGCUAUAAGAAUCAAACAGCUUACCUUAUGGCACAGCAUUCGGACACACUCCGGGAAAAGGCCAAGAGAGAAAUUCUAGUGGGAGGAUGGAGCAGUUUCAAGCCUGAUGGCUUUUCACCUGAAGAGCAAGGUUUUCAGCUAGAAGCACAAGCUGAGUCGAGAGAGCGCUUUAUCAAAGACAUAGCCAAACGAGCUGGCCUUUCCAGCUUCUACUACCAGGAUUGGCGCUUCUCACACCAAACCAAAGGUGAUGCGCUCUCACCACUGACUGUGGUGACAGUGACCCAACCAUGGCAACGAUCGAAACUUCUGGACUUCACCAAGAACCGCCUGAAUGCAGACAUGCUCAAAGAACGACACUUUGUCAAAGACCAUGUUGAAAACAGCUGGGAGAAGAUCCAAAAAGCGUUUGGGCCAUGCCAAGACAAAGACCACAAGGCUCGAGAAAUCCGAGUACAACCACAAGUCUCCCUAUGGGAUAGGACAACUGGACUACCGCUCAAGGUGGCAAUGGCUGUGGUAGAAAUGUGGGGAAUCACUUUCCGCCAUAGCUGGAGAGAUCAUACGCUCACCACUGCAGAGGGAGAAUACAUCCUAUGGUGUCAUUACUUACCUGCAGCUGGAAAGAUGGUGCUCUACCUAUCCAGGAAGCUGAUCCAGGAUCCAGAGAAUUUCAAGGAGACGAUGAUCGACAAGUUCAACGAACUGCGCAACUACAAUGGAAAGAGCAAAGGUAAAGGAAAAGGCAAGUCAAAGAGUGCGGCAAGCCAGGAAAGUGAACAGAACAGCUUCCCGGCAAACCACACAUCCCACUCCACGAAUGCCAAGUUCCCUUUUACGAUUACCUUCGCUUUGGUGGCUGAUGAAAUAGAUCACUGGGGAACAUGGAAGGAGCUUUGGAAUAGGGCCCUGACGAAUGCCAACACGCCCUAUCAGAUCCAUGUCCUCUCCGAAGACUUUUGA